AUGGCUGGCCAAGAAGCGCACGUAUACAAAUAUGCAGACCGAUCACAACUUUUCUAUCAAUGCCAGAUCAGUAUUACCAUUAAAGAACCAAACAGCGAAUGUGCUCGACCGCAAUGUUCAGAACCUCAAGGAUUCGGAGCUGUUAAAACGGCUGGCGCCGCAGUGAAACCUGCGGCAGCUGCUCAACUCCGUCUGCUUAGGAAAAGGUCUGCGGAACCGGAAAACAUUGUCGACGUGCGAACUGAUAUUAGUGCUCUUGAAAUCAGCGAAGACAAUCAGGCUCUACCAGUUGAUUUGCGUCAUCGUGCACGUCUGCAUCUCGGAGGACAGCCAAUGGUACUUACUGCGGUACCAAAUGGAAUUUGCAUGUCACCAUUCGGUUUUUCAAUGUUUAUGGGUUUGAGUAUUGCACUGAUUGCUGCCGUUAUCGUCACCAUUUCCUUUAAAUUUCGUCCAAUGCAAAAAGCAUGA